CAGAGCUUAUUACACACAAACCAAGCAACCGAGUACAGCCAGCAUAAAGAGACAUAAUUCUUUGUCCUAGUGUGCAAGUGCAGCCACUGCUCUUUUGCUCGAUGGUGAUUUGGUCAUGUGGUGCAUGUAGCAGCAGACGCAAGUAUAUGCUGUGAGACACUGAAAUCCUGGCAGGAGAGGGACCAAGCAUAAGUGUAUGGUGUUGAUAAGAGGUGAGUGGCCUAAGCUCACUGUUUGCUUCGAGGUGAGCCUCCAUCCAGUACAUUCCCAUGGAACCUUUUGCCCGAUGCCUGUGACUUUGCCUACCACUGGCUGAUAGUGCACCCAGAGAGAGGGGUGCUCUGCUGAUUGGUUCCAUCUUGUAGAUACCGAAUGGCCAUCAUACUUGUAAGAGCAGCGUCUCCCGGGCUCUCCUCCGACGCCGGCGCCGGCCACCAUGGGGGUCUCCAGUGUUCCUCCCUGCCCAGGAAGAGGGUACCGGCACGACGCUGGAUACUCUGCUCGCUCAAGUAUGCAUGCCUUGGGGAGGCUGGCCGGACCUCCGCCGUGUACUCCAGCCUGGCCGUGAAUCCGGCUGUCAUCUCAUCCGAACAGAAGGUGUACGACGUGGUGUUGAAGCAGGCAGCAUUACUGAAACGGCAGCUGCGCACACAGACGCCGCCCGUGCUUGACGUCAGGCCCCAGGAGCCGCGCAGCGGGCUGAGGGAGGCCUACAGCCGCUGCGGCGAUAUCUGCGAGGAGUAUGCCAAGACGUUUUACCUCGGAACUUUGUUGAUGACAGAGGAGCGGCGGCGCGCCAUAUGGGCCAUCUAUGUGUGGUGUAGGAGGACAGAUGAGCUUGUAGAUGGGCCAAACGCCAACUACAUUACACCAACAGCUCUGGACCGGUGGGAGAAGAGGCUUGAGGAUCUAUUCGCGGGACGCCCUUACGACAUGCUCGAUGCCGCUCUCUCUGAUACCAUCUCAAGGUUCCCCAUUGACAUUCAGCCAUUCAGGGACAUGAUUGAAGGGAUGCGGAGCGACCUUAGAAAGGCGAGGUAUAAGAACUUCGAUGAGCUCUACAUGUACUGCUACUAUGUUGCAGGAACUGUUGGGUUAAUGAGUGUACCUGUGAUGGGCAUCGCACCCGAGUCAAAGGCAACGACUGAAAGCGUGUAUAGUGCUGCCUUGGCUCUUGGGAUUGCAAACCAACUCACAAAUAUACUCCGGGAUGUUGGAGAGGAUGCAAGAAGAGGAAGGAUAUAUUUACCACAAGAUGAACUCGCACAGGCAGGUCUAUCUGAUGAGGACAUCUUCAGUGGGGUCGUCACAAACCGAUGGAGAAAUUUCAUGAAGAGGCAGAUCAAGAGGGCCAGGAUGUUUUUCGAGGAGGCAGAGAGAGGGGUGACUGAGCUAUCACAGGCUAGCAGAUGGCCAGUAUGGGCCUCCCUAUUGUUGUACCGGCAAAUCCUCGACGAGAUUGAAGCAAAUGACUACAACAACUUCACAAAGAGGGCCUAUGUUGGUAAAGGGAAGAAAUUGCUAGCUCUUCCUGUUGCAUAUGGGAAGUCAUUACUAUUGCCGAGUUCACUGAGAAAUAGCCAGACCUAGAUGCCAGAAAAACAAGACAAGGUGAUCAGGCUAGGCGAGAUAGAAAUAGGGCAAGGUCGUAACAUCAGCCCUACUCAAAUUAGAUAAUCUGGUGAACUGGUCGGGUUAUUGUUCAGGUGUAUCAUAUGGGAUUGUUGGGGGCAAGCACACAUAUAACACUACAACCAACUUAGAUGAAGAUUAAACAAUUGCAUGUAUAUCCUGUUAAAACAUAUAUAUGCCUCUGAAGAAAAGGGCAACAUGUACACUUGCUUUUUUAUCCCAACAGAAGCGAUGUUCUGUAA